UCCUUUCAUCCCAGAAUCAAGCUAGGGCUAGAAAUGGGUUUGGAUUUAUGUUUUCCCUUUAAAUGGAUCGAUAGUCGAGGAGAAAGAACAUGUGAACCCUAGAGAUCCAUCAAGCUCCAAUCUUGGUGUGGGUUUGGUUUAUAGUUUGAGGAAUGAUAAUACACAGGAGCUAAAAUAUAUAAAAUCACAAGAACCACCUGCACCUGGUGAUGGAAUUAAAGAGAACCUGGAAAUUUGGAGGCCACCUAGAAGAGCGUUUGUUUUUUUGUUGCUUAGAACAACAGAAAGAACGAGGUUUGGGAAGCUCCCUGAUUUCUCUUGAUGCCAGAAAUCAAAGAAGAUGGUUUUUGGGCUUGUACUGGUUUUCAGAGACAGAUUCUGAGCUUGGGUUGCUUCCGAUGUGUUUUUCUAAUUUUUAUAAUUUCUGGCAUUGAUGGAUAUCUGUGAGUUUAAUUUUCUUUAUCACAAUCUCUAUCUCUAUGACUUCAUACCUAUUAAAGGGAAAGGAGAGAGAAAACUCAACUCCUCUCCAAAAUUCAGGAAAAUUAGAAGAAAAAUCUUCUAAAAUAUCCAGAAAAGUUAAAAAAAAAAGAUCUAAGUAUGUUAAACAUACUAUAUAUUUUAUAAUUAUCUAUGUUAAAAAUAUAAUUAGAAAUAUCUAAAAUUAUUUUAGGAAAAUGUAAUUGCAGAAAGGCGUCCAUUUAUAGUCCCCAUGUAGAAAUUAUUUUAGAAAAAUGUUAUUUGUCCCCAUGCAGAAAUCAUUUUAGAGAGGCGCAGAAAUUUUAAGGAAUAUCUAAAAAUUAGAAAACUCGAUCUCUAUUUUAAUUUCACAAAAAUACGAAGGAAAAUCUUGUGAAAACUGUGCAUUGCAUGGGUAUCAUUCUUGCUAACAAUUAUGCGAUAAGAUGCAGAAUAUGACCUACCUACAUAGUGGAAAAUUCUUUAGAUCCCUUUUCCCUGUUUACAGCACAGAGUUUGCCGUUCUUUUUGAAGAAAAAGUAAUUCGAUCGGAUUGGUUUAUCUUCAAACUCACACAAAAUAAGUUACUCUGAAUUGUCAUUACUCAAAAAAAGUUAAUCUGAAUUGUGCUUGACACUCUAAACUAUGUCUAAACUAAUCCAUUAGAAUCUGUUGUGGAACACAUAAGUCCCCAAAGUGCUUGGUAGAUGGACUUAUUCAUGCAGUUCAACACAAACUAAGAAAGUUAGUAUCUGACAGCGUAAAGGAUUAUUUGAUGUUUAUUAUUGAUUCAUGUGGUUACUUUAUUCUCUUGUAUUUCAUACCUUUUCAUGCCUCAUAUCUUAAUAAAUUUAAUAUUUGAAUACCAAAAAGAAAGAAAAAACUCAAGAUAUUAUAUAAGUAGGAAAAAGAAAAAAGAAAAGACUUAGGAAAUUACUUUGUUAUUACUCUCUUUGACCAAACUUCAUACAGAUUAACUUUAUUUUCCUCUCCCCAAGUUUGAGAUGUAAUAUAUGUAGUUGUGUAUUUUUUGGAAGUGUCAUCAGUGCCAGGAUUUUUUUUUUUUACUUCAAAAGAUAUAUCAUGCAAUUGAAAGAAAAGAUGGAUUGUAUUUGACUUCAAUUUCUUCUGUUGCUUGCAUGUUCUAACUCUUACUGUUUUCUUCCCUUUCUGGGUUCCUUGACUUUCAUGGUAACUUAACUGGUCUAGCAUCAUGUAUAUGGAGUGUAUUGGUUUCUAAAGGAAAGUGAAAUGGGCUCUCAAAAUCCAUACCUUUCUAUGAUUUUAUGAUUUGGUCCUUUAAGUUUGAAUUUUUCUUUUUGAUGAGAGUUUAGUUAAAUCAUAAGAAGUGAAUUGGUUUCUAUGAGAUAAAUAGUGACAAUCAUAGUCUUUUUACUUGACACCUUACUAGCUCUAAUGUCUAUUUUUUAUCAAAUAAAAACUGAAUCAAAAACAAAGAAGUGCUAAUGCAUCUGUCUUGCUGAUUAUUCUCAAAAUACCACAAAGCUUCCAAUGAGUUACUUUUGUCUUUGUUAUACAGGACUGUAGAGAAUCAUUGAUCCGAAAAUUUUACCAGAAUAAAGAAAGAAUAUUUGUCAUAAUAAUGCAAGUUGCAUGAUUCUCAUAAACUCGAAGUACUAUUUAUGCACUUCAAAUCCAUUUAUUGUAUGAAGUUUUCCUAAUAUUAGACCCUGGACAUGAUAGAUGGAUUUUACUUAAUUCACAUUUUUCAAUUAGAGUGGCUACUUCAGUUGACCCACCAUAACUAUCUACAUAGAAUUUGUUUGUACUUGUUUGGUUUGGAUGCUGUAUUUUUUUGAUAGUGUUCCUUUAAUCAGCCAAAAAAAAAAAAUACAAGUCUUUUCACUUGAUGCAGAACUCAUAGAUGAUACUAACUCAUUUUUCUGACUUUUAAACAUGUUUAUGAAUUCUUGAAUCCAUCUAAACAGGCAUCUGAAGAGAAAAUAAAGAGCGAACCAGGUACAACCAGCCACUGCAAUGGGGAGUACAAAAUGCACCAAGAAGAUUGAAGAACCAUCUAGUGACUCAUCAUCAAAAGGAAAGAAAGGUUUACAGAUCGAGGGAUAUCCAAUUGAGGGAUUAUCAAUUGGAGGACAGGAAACAUGUGUGAUAUUUCCCACACUCAAAAUGGCCUUUGACAUUGGUAGAUGUCCCCACCGCGCCAUCUCCCAGGAUUUUCUCUUCAUCUCCCAUGGCCACAUGGACCACAUUGGAGGACUUCCCAUGUAUGUCGCUACACGUGGCUUGUACAGAAUGAAACCACCAACUAUAUUUGUUCCAGUAUCUGUGAAAGAAAAUGUGGAAAAACUAUUUGAGGUGCACAGGGCAAUGGACCAAUCUGAAUUGAAGCACAAGCUUGUAAGCUUGGAUGUGGGCGAAGAGUUUCAGAUAAGGAAGGACCUUAAAGUGAAAGCAUUUAGAACUUUCCAUGUACUACCAAGCCAGGGUUAUAUAAUUUAUUCUAUAAAGCAGAAACUUAAGCAGGAAUAUGCGGGUCUCCCUGGAAAUGAGAUCAAGAACUCAAGGUUAUCAGGUGUGGAGAUAACUUACACAGUGACAACACCUGAAAUUGCUUUCAUGGGAGACACCAUGUCAGAUUUUAUAACUGAUGCAGACAAUGCUGAUGCACUAAAAUCACGAAUUCUCGUCAUGGAGAGUACUUUUGUUGAUGAUGCUGUUACAACAGAGCACGCAAGAGAAUUUGGUCACACUCAUUUGCUAGAGAUGGCAAGUUAUGCUGAGAAGUUUGAAAACAAAGCUAUCCUUCUAAUUCAUUUUUCAGCUCGUUAUCAACCUGAGGAUAUCAAGGCAGCUAUUACUAAACUGCCUUCAUCCUUUUCUGGUCGAGUUUUUGCACUAACAGAGGGCUUCUGACUUCAUGAGUCAUUUAAACCCUGGCACAUGCAAUGUAAGAAAAAUUGUGAAUCUGGUUCAAAGUUCUGCCAUUCUUCAGAAAUCAUGCAUUGUUAAAGCUGUACUCUUCCCUUUUGCUCCCCUCACUUCAAAUAAAGAUUAAGCUGUUUUAUUGGCAUUUGUAAGAGCAAUUGAGUACUAUUUUAUUGAACUGGGUUGGAAUGCAUUGGUCUGAAUCUAAACCUAAAUUCAAUC